UUCAGAAUAAUGAAAUCGUUUAUAUUUCUUCUUUUGUUCACAUUUUCUUAUGCAUUUGGAAAUAAGACAUCACCAAUUUCCAACAUAUAUAUGGACCAAGUGAUGGCAUCAGUGUUAAAGAGUGGAGGGUCCAGAGCAAUAUAUAUGAAGAAUUUGACAACUUAUCAUAUUCUCAAAUAUAAAAAUGUAAACUUAAACAUAGGUGUCAAAUUUGAAUAUUUUCAUUCACGGAUAAUAAAUAUGUAUCAUGUUAAAAGAUAUGGUGAUUGCACUUCAAUUAUUCGAAAGAAUAAUACUCUUAAUUUCAGUUGUGUUCACAGUUUUUAUGACAUCGAAUUUCAUUAUUUUGGAAGAAUUUCUGCUGAAGAAAAAUUGCUGGUGAAAUCGUUUGCAAUUUACAUUAAUUCUACACCUUUUCAUGCAAUAACAGAAUUUAAAACUUCAAUCAAUCAAUCUGAUUGUGUGCCUUCAAUCGAAUAUUUUUCUCUAAUUAAUAACGUAUCUAUUAAUUAUACUAUACACGAAGAUAAAAGAAUCCCGAAAGAACUUCAGGAAUUUGCAAAAUAUGGCUUAGUUCAAUAUUCGAUAAAUAAUUUUUUAUCUGCAUUAAAUACAGAUUUUGUGCCGUUAUAUCGUCGAGUGGUUGCUAAGUCUUCUAUUCUGAAAUCAUGUUUUGGAUCGAAUGUGUAUGAAAAAUAG